AUGCACGUCUGCCAGCCCAUGUCUUCGGUGCCGUCGUCCUCUGCCAUUGCAUGUCCUAUGAAGAUGAAGAUGCAGCUUCAGAAUCGUGAAGAACAGCAGACGCCUCUCCAGAGACGGCAGAACCAGAAGCUGCAACAAAAACAACGACAGCAGCAGCUCCAGCUCCAGCUCCAACAGCAACAGCAACAGCAACAACAGCAUGCACAAGAGUCGUUCUCCGUCUCGCCAGACUCGCUCUACAGCUACUCGUUUGACGAGUAUACCAACUUUGCAAACAACAGCUACGGCACAGACUUCAGUGCCGACUCGCCGCUCUCCCCUGGGUCCCCCGUUUCGCCCCCCACGGCCAACCCGUUUGCACCAUCCGUGGCUCCCGACGACUUCGACUCUUGGAACAAGACUGAGUCGGACGACCCCGACGGGUUUUCCUUCAAGCCCGAGCCCGGCAACAGCCCCCUUCUCUUUGCCUCCACGGUCGCGUCUCUCGGCCGGGACCUUGUCGCGAGCGCCGCCAUUGACCCUCUCCAGCUGUCCCACGACACCGUGGCAGACGAUUUUGCUCUGUCGGUCCCAGAGGAGCAACUACCGCAAGACGACAACGACGACGACGACGACGACGACGCAGACAACGAGCAACAGGUCUCCGGUUGUCCAUCGGCCUCCACAUCAGACACCGCCAUGAGCCCUGCCACCGUGCCGGCCCGGGGCCAUCGCUCUGCCGUUCGCAAGCCGUCUACCGCCUCGCGGAGCAGCACCUCGGCAACCGCCAGCAGCCAUCUGAAGCGCAAGCAUUCCCGUGCCACGUCGGCCCAGUCGCGCUCGCCACGACAGUCCCCUUCUCCUUCGGCAACGCACCGGCAAACCACUUCGACCCAGCGGCCCAAGAAGACGGCGCACAACCUCAUCGAGAAGCGGUACCGCACCAACCUCAACGACAAGAUUGUGGCCCUGCGAGACGCCGUCCCGUCCCUGCGCGUCGUCGCUCGUCGUCGUCGCAACGACUCCACGUGCGGCUCGGACGACGAGGACAAUGACAACAACAACGACAACAACAGCACGCUGGCCGCUGUGGACGGCAGAGAUCUGGGCAGCCUGGCCCCGGCCCACAAGCUGAACAAGGCCACCAUCCUCAGCAAAGCCACCGAGUACAUUGCACACCUCGAGCGCCGCAACGACGCUCUGGCCCGCGAAAACACGGCCCUGCGCGGCAAGGUCGACGGCUUUGAAGCGCUGAUGACGAGCCGCGGCGGCCAGAACGGCGUGUGGUGCUGA